UUUUGCAAAGAAAAAGGAUAAAACCGAAACUUCCUUGUUGUAGCCGUCUUCCGCUGUACCUUGUCCUCAGUCCUCAAAAUUUUUUUAUUCGAUUCUUUGCUUUGAGAAAAGAAAAGGAAAAAGGGAAGAAAAGAAAAAAAGAAAAAAAUGGGUUCGUUCUUCUCAAGCUUGUUAGGCUAUUCCGAUUCACCAUCAGAAGAUUCAUCAUCGUCUUCAGGGGUCUUGACCUUCCAUUCAUCUCCCAGAUGGCAGCUUCACUUCAACUCUGUCAAAGAAACCCCAAAUCUUAUGGUUAUAGAUUUCUCAGCUUCCUGGUGUGGGCCAUGCAAGUUCAUGGAACCUGCUUUGAAUGACAUGGCUGCUAAGUUCACUGAAGUUGAGUUUGUAAAAAUUGAUGUUGAUGAGCUGCCUGACGUGGCACAGGAAUUUGGGGUGCAGGCAAUGCCAACUUUUGUGUUGCUGAAGAAAGGAAAGGAAGUGGAUAGGGUGGUUGGAGCCCAAAAGAAUGAGCUUGAGAAGAAGGUUGCUAAGCAUAAGACCCUCCAAGCUGCUGCUUGAACUUUAAGUUUGCAUAUUUUCAUCAAUAAUAUCUAAUGGGGUUUCCUGAAUUUGAUGAUGAUAAACAAUGUUUUAACUCUUUAUUGUGGAACAAUGAUGGUUUUACUUUGUGGUUGAUAUCAAUGGUCAGAUGCUUUGUUUUACAUUCA